UCGAAGCAUCACACAAAUGUGGGUGGGGUCGCUUUGAUGCGCAACCAGACAGAAAUGUGCACUCCACGGCAAACCCCUAAGUCCAUUUAAACUUGAGUAAGAACAAACAGCCUGCAGGAGGGAGAGAGAGGGAGUCGUGUGGGCUCCAGUUUCUUUGCAUAGACUUAGAUCCAGUGAAAAUAAAGCAGUGAGGACUAACCCUGACUAGGCAGAAACCUUAGAGGGUGAGGGGCUGAGUGAGCAUUUGCAAAUCUUCAAGUCGUGGGUAAGACUAUUUUUUUUUAAUUUUUUUUUUUACGCUUUUCCCUGUUCAUAGUUUUAUUUUUGUGCAUCUUUUCCAUUCAGUGUCCUACUAUCUGUCAUGGCAUGGCCGUGCAUUACGCGUGCUUGCUGCAUCAAUCGGUUCUGGAGCGAGCUGGACAAAGCGGACAUCGCGGUGCCUUUGGUUUUCACUAAAUACUCGGAUGUGGCCGAAGUGCAACAUCUGCCCCAUCACCCGCAGCCGAGGCAGAAGAGAGCCGGUGCCAUUGCCAUAGAAACCCAGCCGCAUCCCGGGGAGCAGGAGGCUGGGAAGGCACCGCCCGCGACGGGUGCCGCAGCGGGCAAAGAUGGCUCUACUGCGUCCGUCAUGCGCCAAGACUUCAAGGCGUGGAGAGUGCGCCCCGAGCCGAGCUGCAAACCCAAGAACGAGUACCAGCCGUCCCCGGCCCCGUUCAACACCGAAACACAGUAUCAGAAGGAUUACAAAGCCUGGCCUAUACCGAAGAAACACGACCACCCCUGGAUCCCCAAACCGAGCCCCACCGGCGGGAGCGCAGGAGGCACCAAGACGGAGCAUGUGGCCGCCGAGGCCGAGAGCGGCCCGGAGAAGAGCGAGAUAGAAGAGAAAAUACAGGAGAAAGAGUCCAAGGAGGCGGUGAAGAGAGCACCAAAGAGGGAAAAGUCGAUGGAGAGAAAAGCGGGUGAUAAGACGGAGGGGCAGGUGGUUGGAGAUGUGAGCGCAGAGCAGAGGAAAGGCAGAGCAGCGGCGGACGCACUCAACAGACAGAUCAAGGAGGUGAUGUCCACUUCCAGUAGCUACAGGACCGAGUUCAAGGCAUACAAGGAUGUGAAACCCGUGAAGCCCAUCAAAGCUCCUUCUCAGUACAAACCGUUUGUGGAGGAGACCAGUCUGGAAACCAGCUACAGUGCCACAUUUAAGGGGGAGCAGGUGAAGGCUCACCCCACUGACAACAAGCUGCAGGAGCGCAGGAGGAUACGCAGCCUUUACAGUGAACCUAGCAAGGAGCCCACCAAGGUGGAGAAGCCAGUGUCACGCACCAAACCAAAAAGAGACACAACAACAACACAGAAGAUGGUGAAAAAGGCAAAAGAGAAAGCAAUUGCUAGUUCCCUGUCAGCCAAGAAGAAACCGUCUUUGGGCGCCGCUGAACCCAAACCAGAGGGAGCUGUCACAAAGAAGAGCAAAGAGAUAAGCAAUAGACUGGCUGAGGCAAAGCAUUAAAAGUCACAUCUUUACACUGUCUUUGCAUUUUGGUGAAUUAGCAAAUCUCUUCCCUUUGGUUGAUUUCCUUACCUGUUGUUUUUGCUGCCUUGUCAUUUACUGUUCACUUUUUGAAUGGGCACUGUGUUGAGCUUUUAUAAUAAUGCAAUACUUUCAACUGUAAACUGUGUGUGCGAGUGUGUAAGAAAGUGUGGGGAUCCCAUGUGUUGUGGUGCACAUAAUGGCUUUCUAUUAUUGAGCACAUAAUUUGCACUUAUUUCCUGAGUUCUGUUUGACCUCAAACUUUAAAAAGAGCCAUCAGUACACAUGCAGCAUGUGUAUGAAAGGGCAUUUUUACCUUUGUUUCAAUGAAUGUCUCCUGACAUUAGUAUUAAAAUGAUUGUAGAAAAUGUCAAGGGGAUGUUCUUUUUUUUGAGAUUGUAUCAAAUGUAAGGUUUUGUGGAAAAUAGAAAUCCGUUUUAAAGGUUGCGUUUCCUAGUUACAGUGCCUCCGCUGUAUGGUCCUGGUUUUCAUUUCAUUGUUCUGGAUGAUAUCUGGUUUCAUCAGUUUGGUUGCUAAGAAACCAAAUGAAGUGUAAUAUAAUUGCUACAGCUUGCAUGCAAGAGCCCAUCUUUGGUUGAGUAGCAACAUUUUAGCAGACUAUAUGUCACAGCCACAUUUUAGCUUGUAAAUUGAGCAUUUAGAGAUAAAUGUAUAGGGGCAAGACCUUUACAAAUAUUAUGCAUGUGUAGUAAUAGAUUCUGGUCUCACCAAAAACAUACAGUAAAGUCAUCGUAGAGGCUAUUAAAGCUAUAGAACAAACACACCAGCAAUAUGGUCCCACAAUUAUACAGUAUUUCUUGCAACUGAAAUGGAAAGAGGCCAUGUCUACUUUCCUCUAAUUCAAUUAGAAUACUUCAGUUUUAUGAUGACUCACUGUUUUGUGGUAACGUACUCUAUCCACCUCCUUUGAGCUGUUACACUGUAAUUGUGCUAAAAAAUACAUAAAAGAUGCACACUGACCUAAAAAAAACAAAGCAGAACUUCCUGCAAAAUUUUCACUUUGAUUGGGGCUGAUUAUUCAGGUGUUGAAGGACAAGGAAUGAGCCAGGACUUGACGUUCAGCUCUUGAAAAAUGCUGCUGUCCUGAAAAUACGCAAAUCACUUCUGUACAUUGUGAGUGUGACAUGAUGUGUUUUUACUAAAUCAUCAUCAUCAUCACAGCCUUCCUGUUCUAGUCGUAAACACAUUGUCUACCAUGAGCGGCCCACUUGGCUGCACUGCAUAACACACCGGUCACACAAGCCACCAUGAGCUGCUGCUUCGGUUUCAGCUUCUGUGUGUGUCUGAGGGAUGGGAGUUUUUGUUGUGUGACCUCUACAGCCUGCUGCCUGCUAGCAUCCAGUCUGACCCGCCACCACUAGAAGUGCUACUCAGCACUCCGACACCCUGGUGCUAUAUCUCUCAUCUUAAAUGCUGUCUGGUCCUGAACUGUGUGUGGCAUCAGACCAGAGUGAAUGAUGAUAUGACAAUGUCAUGGACCGCUGCAGACAUGUUGUGAUACCGUGCUUGUAUUCUCAAGCUUGCUCUGAAUGAAUUAAAAUGAUGUUACUGAA